AUCUUCCAAUAGAAUUUGCCGAAGAGACUGAAAAUAUUGCAGGGCCAUCUAAUGCUGUGCCAAUGCAUAAUCCUAUGUUUGAAGAUGUGCUUGAUGAUCAUGUUGAUGACAGUUCUGAAGAGACAGAUACUCAAUGUAGUAAGAAAAAAAAAAGAAAUAAUAAAAAGAAAAAUCGUCCUGAUAGUGACAUGGGCUGGAAAAAAAAAUUAGAUCACCAUGUCAAUAUUCCAGACUAUAAUGAUUUUGAAGGACCAAUUCAUGGAUUUUUUGUCAACUGUGCAAGUCCAACUGAUGUAUUUCUUCAAGUGUGUGGCCCUAUUUUGGAAAAUAUCUGUGCACAGUCUAAUUUGUAUGCCACUCAACGAGGGAAAACUUUGAAUUUAAGAAUUGAAGAAUUGAAAGCUUUUAUUGGUAUUAAUUUUGUAAUGGGAUAUAAUAGAUUACCAUCCUGGAAAGAUUAUUGGUCAACAAGUAAUGAUUUAGGUGUAAAAAUAAUUUCUGAUGCUAUGAGUCGAAAGCGGUUUGAUGAUAUUUUGUGUUUUUUGCAUAUUAAUAACAAUAAUGCUAAGACUUCUGAUAAUAAGGAUAAACUUUUUAAACUAAGACCACUCCUYGAUUCUAUCAAUAUUAGAUUCAUGGAAUUAUAUAAAGUGACUAGAGAAGUGAGUGUGGAUGAGUCAAUGGUUUUAUUCAAAGGACGUAGCUCAAUAAAGCAAUACAAUCCAAUGAAGCCAAUAAAAAGAGGGAAAGAGGAAGUAAUUGAUGACUUUGUGGAUUUUGGUUUGGGUGAGAGAGUAGUUCUAAACCUAACAAAGCCUUAUUGGAAUAAAGGAAUGAAGCUAGAAAACACCUUUGCAUGUGGUACCAUACGAUCAAAUAGAAAGGGUAUUCCACUUCUAGCUCAUGAUAAAACUUUAGAAAGGGGCAUGUAUGAUUUUAAGACCUCUCGUUUAGGUAUUASUGUUUAUAAGUGGAAGGAUAAUAGAAUUGUACACUUGGCAUCUAAUUUCCAUGGUGUUGAAGAAAGUAGUGUAUUGCGAACUGAACGUGAUGGAACAAAAAAAACUAUAAAAUGUCCUACU